CUGUAAACUAAACUAAAUAAUAUCGUAUCUCAUAUGUAACCGAUCAUCCAACAUCCAACAUCCAACGUCGAUCUCCCUCCGUAAAAAUUGCUCUAUCCGGUCGCCGUGCCCUCCCCUCCGCCGAUCAAAUCUUAAACGAAGCAAGGGGCGCCCGCAUAAACCUGUCAAGAGUCUCGGCUCCCCGUCACAACUGGAGCACCAACAAAAACAAGCAAGGCAGAAGCCCCAAUGUGAUUCAGAAUUUCCCGAAAUGGCAUGUAGCAAUUUGCCUCGUAUUCCAGUUUGGUGGCGCCGCUUGCCGUGCUGAGUCGCUCGGUUAGGGAAAGAAGGGAAUGUAGGUUUUUGGUUAAAGUUUUGGCUGUGCCGCUUCUUCCAUCCCUCUUGUUUACUCAACCUCGUUUUCUUCGUUCUGUCUGCUUCAUCACAGUCGUUACUCAGUUACAGUCUACAGUCGUUACACUUCACACUUACUCAGUCAAUCGCUCAUUCACUCACCACUACAACCACCACCCCAACAAACAAGCCAAGAUGUUCAACUCCCUCCUCCUCACCACCGCCACCCUCCUCCUCCUCACCACCCCCAUCCACGCCGUCUGCGGCAUCCACACCUUCGGCCACUGCGAAGACAUGAUCACGCACUGGUACGACCCCCUCACCGGCGAGAUCUGCGACCCCGUCGACUGCGGCGGCGGCCGCGCACCCCCCAAGACCAACGUCCCCGGCUGCGGCACCAUCCCCUUGGGCCCGGCAUCAUACCUCUCGUGCUGGAGCAGCGGGUUCACCGGCGCGCCUGGCCCAGCGACGGUGGCGGAGCAGAAGACAACUGAGGAGGCGGCGCCAGUGAAGACGACCGCGCCGGUGGAGGUGCAGGCUACUACUGUGGUUUCGCAGGCGGUUGAGACACCGGCGACGAAGGAGAGUACGGCGGUUGCUGCGCCGUCGUCGGUGGAGGGAGGUCAGGAGGGGAGCAGCGCGGUUGAGUCGACGAAGGCUGCGAGCAGCAGCCCGGAGACGACUUUGCCGGCUGUGUUGCCGUCGGGUGGACAGACGACUGGAGGACAGACUGGUGCGCAGACUGGUGCGGCCAAUGGGACGGUUACUUCGAGCUCGACUUCGGCACCGAAGACAACGGAUGGUACGGGUGCGGGUGCGGUUGUGAGGGGAUCGGUGAUGGCUGUUGUGGGUGCUGUGGUUGGGGUUAUUGUGCUUGUUUAGGAGGGAUAUGGGGAUAUGUAGGAUAGGAUGGGGUUGUAUGAGCGGGCGAUACUUUGUAUGGGCAGAUAGCACAGGAUGUAAGGGGUUGCAUAUAGGUGUAGUAAUAGAGAUACGCUAAUGCUAUGCUUAUAUGCAGCCCCUUAUUUAACAGACAGAAUCUACUUCCAUUAUGCA